AUGGCUUUGUGCAGUCGAGUCGUCGUCGAGUCGUCGUCGUCUUCGAUGAUGAUGCGGCGGGGUGCCGCUUUCAACAACAAUCAUAGUAAUAAGAAGAAGAUCUUUCUCUCUUUCUUGCUGACGAAGAGACGCAUCACCCGUUUUUCUGGAUUAACGAACUCGGGGUCGUCUUCGUUCGAGCAAAGAGGAGGAGGAGGAGAAGAAGAAGAAGAGAAUAAUAAAGAUAAAAAAGAUGAAUUAGUGAUCAUCACCAACGAUGCGCUGCAUUACGCUUCAACGAUGACGCAGAAGAGAAACGAAGUCGAGGAGUAUUUACAGAAGUGCGACAGCUUGGAGUUGGAGCUACAACUCGCUCUCGCGGCAGAAGAUUACGACGCCGCUUCGAAAAUCAAAAAAAAUCUUCAACCGGAAAACUCAGAUGAAGAUAUUAAUUUUAGCAUGCUGUGCGAUUUAUGUCGACGCGUCAACCAACCACCGACAUCCAUAAUAGGCAGCUCGGCUUAUGAAACUGAAACAGAGGAGAUUACCAUGGCAGCGAGGAAGCUUGGAUUAAUCGGUGAUCCGAGAGCUCUACCAGCUCUCGCCCGAGCGCUUCGAAUGCCCACUGUGAGCGCGAAAGCGAAAAACGUGAGCGCGAAAGCGCACGCUCAAAUUGAACGAAGCAUGUGGACUUUGUUCGGAAAGAGCGGCGACAUGGAACUCGAUUUACUACUUCAAAAAGGACGAGAUAUUAUGCAUGGAAAAUACAUGAAUCGCAUAUUAGAAGGGAGAGUUGAACACGAACCAACUGAGGAGGAAAUAAAAGAACAAAUACGCGAUUUCGAGCAGGAGAGAGCGCGAAGUUUAUCGGAAUCGAUCGAUAUCUUUACGAGAAUUAUCGAAAAAUCGAAUGGAUUGUUCGCAGAAGCCUGGAAUCAACGAGCGACGGCUUUGUAUUUGCGAGGCGAUUUGGCCUCGGCAUACGCCGACGCUGAGGAGGCAUUUCGGUUGAAUCCGUACCAUUUCGGCGCGCGUAGUGGCAUGGGUUUAUGUAAAUUGGGAAUGAGAUGCUACGACGAAGCGUUGAUGAUGUUUGAGUCUACUCUCGAGAUAAACCCACGCAUCGAUUCUAUUAAAGGCCAAUCCAAACGACUUCGAAAGAUGAUGGAAAAGCCUCGAGUCGAGCAACAAAAGCUCAAGGAUGUGCUCGAAGAUUACAAAAGGUCCAUAGCGCCAUCCUCAGAUUCGUCGCAGCGCAAAGACGAUGACUCUGAAACGCCAAAAAUGUAA